UUUUUUACAUCAUCAUCAUCUAGAAUGAGAGCUAGAGGAAAAGUCAACACGGUUUAAGAUUUUUUUUUCAAAAUUAAAAGUUCAGAAAAUACGGAACACUUUUCAAAUCCAAACUCGGUCUCCAAAUGAAAACAUUUCCAAGGAUGGAUCCCGCAAUACUACCAUCUGAUUCCUUCGUGAGAGGAGUGUUUCUUCUAAGUCUGUGUUGGACUGCUAAUGCAGCCCCAGUAUACCAUGACUACUGUGUUAUUGGCGCCGGACCCGCGGGCUUACAAAUCGGAUACUUCCUUCAAAGGUCACAGAGAAAUUACGUUAUCUUCGAGAAAUCUAAUUCUGCAGGUUCAUUUUUCAACAAAUACCCAAUCCAUCGGAAGUUAAUUAGCAUCAAUAAGAUAUACACAGGGAAAACAAACAAAGAUUACAACCUACGUCAUGACUGGAACUCACUUCUUAGUGACGACGAUCGAAUGCUCUUCAAGCAUUUCUCACGUCAAAUGUUUCCGUCAGCAGAUGUAAUGGUCAAAUACCUGCAAACAUAUGCUGACCGUUUUAACCUAACUAUUCGCUACAACACAGAAAUAUCUGACAUUCACUCUGUACAUGAAGACAACAGGACAAAGAUCAGUAUGAAGGAUCAACACGACAAUCAGUACUUAUGUAGGGUUGCUAUCGUUGCCACUGGGAUAUGGCAGCCCCGGAUUCCCGACAUCCCAGGACAGGAACUUAUGGACGGAUACGAGAGCUUGUCACUGAACGCAUCAGACUAUGAAGGGAAAUCUGUCAUGAUUCUGGGUCGUGGAAAUUCUGCUUUUGAAACCGCCACUGCCAUCUAUGACAAGACGAACUUCAUCCACAUGGUCGGCAGACAUCGAAUCCGUCUGGCAUGGGAGACUCACUAUGUGGGCGAUCUCAGGGCCGUAAACAAUGAGCUUUUGGACACUUAUCAGUUGAAAUCCUUGGAUGGUCUUCUAGAGUAUGAUAUAAACGAUUACAAGAUUGUGAAGGAGGGGGGUAAGCUAUACCUCCGGGAGAACAUGGCCACGGGACAGCAGUGGGGGGAGUACGACAACGACCCUCUUCUUACCCCGUACGACAAGAUCAUCCGGUGCCUCGGCUUCAAGUUUGAUCCCUCCAUUUUUAGAAAAAUUUCAGACUUUGCGGUAAGGCCAUCGCAGAAGUAUCCUUUUAUAGAUUACGAUUACCGGUCCUCGAUGGUGGAUGGUAUUUACUUCACAGGGACAAUAGCGCACUCUUUGGACUUUAGACAAUCGGCAGGGGGGUUCAUUCAUGGCUUCCGAUACUCUGCACGCGUUCUUUCAAAGGUUCUGAACUGGCGUUAUCAUCAAGAAAAAUGGCCGUCAGAAAUUCUCCCCGUCUCCAACCUGUCGUCAGCCAUUAUCAAGAGAGUCAACGAGGCUUCAGGACUCUAUCAAAUGUUCACAUAUCUAGGAGAUGUCGUUUUGGUAGACAAAGAUGGAAUGUGUGAAUAUAUUGAGGAGUAUCCAGUUAAACUUAUACACAAGCUAAGUGAAGUUACCGGAAUUGAGACAGCAAAUAAAAUGGUUCUGGUGGUGGUGUUACAAUAUGGCGAGGGGUUUCACGGACCGGAAGAAGAUGUGUUCCGUGUGGACAGGGCCGCUACUGAACCGGAAUUUGCAGAAUAUUCUAAUUUCUUACAUCCUGUCAUUCAUUUCUACACAGAAAUUCCAAAAGAGGAAGACACAGUGAAGAGAAAGCGAGGGGAUCCGUUACCUCCAGCGGACAGGAUUCAUCACGUGUUGGAGGAUUUCUCCGCUAACUGGGACAGACCCCACGCCCACAUCAAACCUCUCAACAAGUUCCUACAGCGUGUACUGAAAAACAGAACUAAAUGUAGAUCACAAACAAACACUUUCUCAAAGUACCUAGCCUCAACGGACACCUUAAACACACAAUCUUGUGUUGUCACUUGAGUUUGAUAUAAAUUUAAUAAAACAGUUUAACUAAAAGUGUAAUAUCCCUCUAGUCUAUUCAUUUUAUUAUCCACAGCAGUUAUUUUU